CUCGUAGUGUAACUACAUUUACACCCCACGGUAAUAUUACAAACACUAUAUAAACCUUUCAUGCUCAACAUAUCAUUUCAUACACACUCAAGUCAAAUACAUACUACAUACAUAAAAACUACCACUAAAAAUUUAAAGAGAGUCAAGCUAAGAAUAACCAAAAUCAAUAGUAUGGGUAUUCAAUUGAUGGAGAAAAUGCAAGCAAAGAGAAUUCUUCAAAGAACUCUAUCUAACAAGAAGACGCGAUCACCUUCAAGCUCAAACGCGGAUGUACCAAAGGGGCAUGUCGUAGUUUAUGUAGGAGAGACUUACAAGAAGAGGCAAGUCAUCCCAAUAUCUUACUUGAACCACCCUUUGUUUCAAAAUGUACUGCAUGUGGUGGAGGAAGAGUUCGGGUAUGACCAUCCGAUGGGUGGUCUUACAAUCCCUUGUAGCGAAGACUAUUUUUCGAGUCUCAUAUCUCUCAUUAGAUGUUCGUCGUAAGAAAUUGUUAACUAGUGUAUUACUUCGUAGUAGUAGAUUAUUAUUAGUCGUCGUAGCUUUAAAUUGUUCAUCAUGUUUGUCCAUGGGUCGGAAUGAUCGACCAUGUAUACCUUCAUGAUUAAGAUAUUGGUAAAAAUUGUUUAUUUUUCAAAUU